AUGAAGUCUGCGCUGCUGAAGCUGCAUGAAGCCCUGUGCUGGGAUCGCUGGGGAUGCCGCCCGCCCCUCAACUCCAACGGCGGGGGAGAUGCCCGCCCAACUCCUCCAACUUCGACACCACCACGCGGCCUCUACCCACGAUCCCACCCUAUUGCUGCUCCUUGCUCUAAGAUAGUCACGCCAGAAUACUUAGCGACCGAUCGAGCAGAAGCCCACCCAUCCCCCGAGCGCCUCGAGCCCACAAACGGCGGAGCAAGGAGGAAGACCAGGAGAGAGCCACCGCCGCGCCAUUCCCAGGGGCUAUCAGGUCACGUAGAGCAAGGGAUACUCAAGGAGGGCGAACACACUCAGAGAUCAUGGGCAUAG